AUGAAGGCAGUUGGAAAAGUCCUUUGUGCUACAGGAGUCAUAGUUGGGCUCCUGGCUUUCUUCUGGAAAGACGCUUUUGAUCCAGAGAGCUUGUCUGGAGCCCGUGUUCUCCUCACUGGAGCCAGUGCUGGAAUAGGGGAGCAGAUGGCAUAUCAUUAUGCCAGCUUUGGUGCGGAAAUUGUUCUGACUGCUAGGAGGGAAGCUGUGCUGCAGAAGGUGAUGAAGAAGUGCCUGAAGCUUGGAGCAAAGAAAGUUUUUUAUAUCACUGCAGAUAUGUCUUCCUCUUCAGAGCCUGAAAAGGUGGUCCAUUUUGCUGUCCAAAAACUGGGGGGACUGGAUUACUUGGUGCUGAACCACAUUGGCAUGACCCCUUUCCAGAUGUGGGAUGGAGAUGUGGAACAUACUCGCUGGCUCAUGCAGGUGAAUUUUUUUAGUUAUGUGGCCCUAGCAACAGCAGCCCUUCCCACGUUGGAGGAGAAUAAAGGCUCUCUGAUAGUUGUUUCUUCCCUUACAGGCAAAAUUCCUACUCCUUUCACCACUUCUUAUUCUGCCACUAAGUUUGCACUGGAUGGAUUCUUCGGCUCUCUGCGCCAUGAACUUGUCAUGCAGAAGAAAAACAUCUUCAUCACACUCUGCAUCCUGGGCUUGGUUGACACUGACAUGGCAUUAGAGAAGACCAGGGGCAAAGUGUACCUAGCUGCCUCCCCUGCUGCUGAAGCUGCACUUGCCAUCAUCCGAGGGGGUGCCACGCGGGUGCAGGAGGCUUUCUAUCCCUGGUGGCUGGAGUACGUGUGCCACUUCCGGGACUGGUUCCCCAGCCACCGGGACCAGGUUUUACGGAGUUACUAUAACUACAGCAGUCCCUGA